AUGUUUCCAAAAAGUUUACUAUCGUUAAGACUACACCAAUGUCGAAACCUUCUUGGAUAUAGAUCGAAUUAUUUCUUUGGCUCUUUAGGGCCCAAAGAAAGGUACAGCAGCCUAGUCCAUCAAAAUGUUCUUGGAAAACUAUACAAAAGCGAGAGGUUACAAACCUUUUCUUUUUUACUGUAUCAAAAGCGCUUUAGACACAUUGAUGAUAAAUUAUCUCAGGAUCAAAAAGAAAAAGAAUAUGACAACAUUCGACAGAUUUUCAAACAGCCUAGAGUUACCCUAAAUGAACUAGCAAAUAAAACUCCAGAUAAAAUUUUUAGUAUAGAUUAUAGGCAAUCCAACUUAGCCCCAAAGGUUAGCAAGAAGAAACUGCCUCAGAAUGACUGGAUAUGUAUAUACUCCUUCAUAUGGCCGGAAAAAAUGAAAUUUGAAGGCACAGCCAUUUCCAAGCGUCAAGCAGCUGAAAAAGCAGCGAUUCAAGCAUUACACUGGUUAUAUAUAAAUAGGCGGAUAGAUAAAAAGGGAAACCCUGUAUAUAACAAAGAAGUUAUAGAAGAUUUAAAAUGCGAUCUGAAUAAUCCUAUUAAUGUUGAGAUUAGUGAUGCCUCUAUUGAAAGAAUUAACAGUAUAUGGAAGGACUAUGAGAGUGACAUAAAAACGAUAUAUGAUGCAACAUUCAAAGAAGCAAAACAAAGAAGCUACAAUUUUCCUGUUUGUAUAGAAAAAGAUUCUAGUAUUGAUGAAAAUGAUGGUGCUGUCGGGGACAUUGCAAACCAGUCAGAAUUCAGUGAUACAGAUUUCCGGACGCAAGUACACCCAGUGUUUGGGAGAAUAUUAGAAGCGUCAUCUAGCGCCACUUUGUCGAGACGAGAACAAAAUCUACUGAGAAUUUUCAAGAAUUACGACGAAACCUUGACUCCGCUUCCCAUUGAUCAAUAUGCGGAGCAAAUAACAUCGACAUUGGCGAAUAGCCGUGUUGCUGUUAUUGUGGGUGCAGCUGGAUGUGGAAAAUCCACGAGAGUGCCAGCAGCUAUCCUCAGAAGUUGCGGUGUCAACACCACGGCAAUAGUCUCCGAGCCGCGAAGAGUAGCAGCUAUAGGUCUAGCACAAAGAGUUGCUGAUGAACUGGGUGAAAAUGUGGGUGAAACUGUUGGGUACCAAGUCAGACUACAAUCCCACCCGCCACGUCCGCCGGCGGGAGCCAUCUUGUAUUGUACAUCUGGAAUACUCCUGCGCAGGUUACAGCUCAAUCCCGGCUUGGAAGGCUGCAGCCACGUUAUCAUAGACGAAGCCCACGAGCGUGACGUAAAUACGGACAUAACGCUACUAUUGUUGAGACGGGCCCUCGACCUCAAUCCGAAAUUGAAGAUCGUAGUGAUGAGUGCCACUUUGGAUACAGAAGUCUUUACAAGGUAUUUCGGGAAUUGUCCUCUCAUCGAGGUCCCCGGUCGUACGUUUCCAGUGGAAGAUUCGUAUUUAGAUGAGCUAGAGAAGAGAUUUAAGCUAAAGUUUCAGAAUACGAGAGAGAACUGCACAAAAGAAGAUGGAAAGCCGCAAAUUAAUUGUCAGGAGGUAGUCGACUUAAUACAAGCAGUUGAUAAGACAAAUAUUGAAGGCGCUAUACUAGUGUUUCUUCCGGGUUGGGCUGAUAUCAAGAAAUGCAAAGAUUUAUUGGAUAAGAUAUUCAAAGAUAACCUUCACCUCAUACUGCCAGUGCAUUCCAGACUAUCUACGUCUGAUCAAACGAAAAUGUUCGGCAAACCACCGCCGGGCAUAAGAAAAAUAGUACUAUCCACGAACAUAGCGGAAACAUCGGUCACCAUUCCCGAUGUCGUUCACGUAAUAGACACGGGUGCUCACAAGGAGAACUCUGUCAAACAGGGCACUGGCACAGCCAGUUUGGAAACUGUAUGGGUGUCUCAAGCUGCUGCUAAACAGCGCGCAGGUCGGGCAGGAAGAGUUCAACCAGGUUUCUGUUACAAAAUGUAUACAAAGGAGAAGGAAGUUGAAUUUGCACCGCAUUCCUCUCCAGAAAUAUUACGGAUACCCCUAGACCAAACGGUAUUAGAUUGCAAGACAUACGCUCCCGAAGAGAAAGUGGAAGAUUUCCUCUCGCAGUUACCCCAGCCUCCUAGCAAGGAUUCGGUUAGAUUUGCCGUCAACGACCUCAUAGAUUUAGGUGCUCUAUCCCACACAGAGCAGCUGACACGACUGGGAAAGCUCGUGUCAUACUUAAAUAUGUCGCCGCGUUUGGCUCGCGCUGUGAUACAUUCCGCUGUGAUUGGCAACGUGGUGGCUGUCGGGAAUAUGGCAGCGCACUGCUCUGAUAACGUCGAGGUUUUCGCUAACGCCGCUGAUAGGAAGGCAGAAAUACGUGGCAUAAAACGAAAAUUCAGUACAACGUCGGACCACGCUGCAUUACAUAGCAUACAGGAUGUGUAUGAAGAGAAGUUAGAGGAAGUGGGGUGGAAGGAGGUCGAUGGAUGGUGCAAUAUAUACGGUCUGAGGAAGGAUCGUCUAUCUUUUGUCAAAUCGCUAUCUAAUCUACAUCUAGGACAACUAUUGAAAUGCGGAAUCAUAGAGAAGAAUCCUGAUGUGCAAGAGUUGAAUUGGUCGUCAAAUAUAGAUGAGUUCACAUCCGCCAUUUUGUUAUCCGGUUCGAAUAAAUUGCUACUUACAAAGAAACAAGUGAAGACAAAAGGGAAGCUGAAGACGGCUGUAGAUUUGUAUACUAGUUCUCGUGAACGUGCACACAUUGGCGGCGAAAGUGUCAACUACGGAAUAACGAAACGGAAGCAUAACGCAUACCUGCUUACGUACUUUGGCGGGUACCACUCGGCCGAGAGACGAGCGUUGGUCGUACAAAAGACAUCGUUGAUAUCGCCUCAUACUGUGCUCCUGUUCUCUAUGGGAGAUGUUAUAAAGAGGGAUAAAAAUGAAGGGAUCACUGACUUAUUUUUGCCGAGACAUAAGCUUACUCUUCAAGUACCGACAGCACAAGCUGAAUAUAUUUUGAAAGCACGUGAGAUGCUAUGGAAUACUCUUCAGUAUUAUAUAGAGAGGAACGUAAACAGCAUAUCCUUUGAUGAGUUCGAGCGAACCGCCAAAUUCAAGAAUAGACUAGUUAAAGCAGUCGGUAGAAUACUAGUUGAAGCGAAUACUGAUUAUGUAGAGAAAUAUAUCAAUAAAGAUACUGAUUUUAGGUAA